UUCACAUUCUUUCUCUCUCUUUUUUUGUUAUUUUUUUUAUUUCAUGUAAUGUAUUUAUUUAUCCAUCAAAUUUAAUUACACCAGUAGUAGAUAGUAGAACAGAAAUUAGGCCUUCAAUUGCCAACCCCAUUUUCAGAUUUGUUUUACAGGAUUCCAAAGGAGAAAAGGUUAGAAACAUUGGACUUAAGUGAUGGGAGACGUUUGUAAGUAUGCAGUUGUUACUGGAGCAAACAAGGGAAUUGGCUUCGAGACUGUUAAGCAGCUCGCCAAUUCAGGUGUAACGGUUGUCUUAACAGCCAGAGACGAAAAGAGAGGAACUGAAGCAACAUCCUUGCUGAAUGAACAACUUGAUGUUGAUGCUCAGAGCAUUGAGUCCUUAGCAAAGUUCAUACAAACACAAUAUGGGAGGCUUGAUAUUCUGGUAAAUAAUGCAGGAGAUUCUGGAGUGGUACCUGAUGAAGAUGUCCUAAGGCCCAAGGGCCAUGAACAUGUAUCUUGUAGACUGGGUAAGAUAAUUUGCUACAUGCUUAGGUCUUGUUUUUUAAUGCGAUUCGAUCUCAUAUCUAAGCUUUGAGGUAGGCGAUAGUCCCCGUGUGUGGUCUGAUCUUGCUCUGACAGACAACUCA